AUGGAAAAUAGGAACAAUGUGACGGAGUUUGUCCUCCUGGGGCUCACACAAAAUCCUGAGAUGCAAAAAGUUCUAUUUGUCUUAUUCUUACGCAUCUACAUUGCAACAAUAUUGGGCAAUCUUCUUAUCAUGGUGACCAUCGCAGCCAGCAGGUCACUUGGUUCCCCCAUGUAUUUUUUCCUGGCUUAUUUGUCAUUUAUAGAUGGUGUCUAUUCGACCGCCAUUGCUCCCAAAAUGAUCACUGACUUGCUUCAUGAGAAAAAGACUAUUUCCUUCCAGUCUUGUAUGACUCAACUGUUUAUCGGACACUUAUUUGGUGGCGCUGAUAUAUGCCUCCUGGUGGUCAUGGCCUAUGACCGCUAUGUGGCCAUCUGUAAACCCUUGCAUUAUCUGACAAUCAUGAAUAAGCGAGUGUGUUCCUUGCUGCUACUCUUGGCCUGGGUUGGUGGGUUUUUGCAUGCUGUAAUUCAUCCUCUCUCUGUUUACAACCUUCCCUAUUGUGGCCCAAAUGUCAUUGACCACUUCAUCUGUGACAUGUACCCCUUGUUAGAACUUGCCUGCGCUGACACCCAUGUUAUUGCUCUCAUAGUGCUGGCCAAUGAUGGGGCGAUCUGUAUGGUUAUCUUCACACUGUUACUCAUCUCCUAUGGGGUCAUUCUGUACUCCCUGAAGAAUCUUAGCCAGGAAGGCAGGCACAAAGCCUUAUCCACCUGUGGCUCCCACAUUACUGUGGUUGUCCUCUUCUUUGUGCCCUGUAUUUUUAUGUAUGUGAGACCUCCUUCCACCUUACCCAUUGAUAAAUCCUUAACUGUGUUUUAUACCAUUAUCACCCCUAUGCUGAACCCUCUAAUCUAUACUCUGAGAAAUGGAGAGAUGAAAAAUGCCAUGAAAAAGCUCUGGAUCAGAAAAAGAAAAUAA